GCUCUGAGACCCACUGAGGCCAAGUUGGACUCCUUGGUCUGGACCUGGCUUUCCGGGUCGCCGGCUCGGGGCGACGCCUCGCAUCCUCGCAAGGGGCUCGGGGCGACUUCCCGGUUGAGCGCGGUUGGUUUUCAGUACAAGGGCUCCCAGGAGGAACGGGCUUCCAAUAGUGAAAGUGCAGGAGCUGCUACCUUUUGGAGGCUUCCGCUUCCAGGAGGUCGUGGGUCCCCGGGAAACCCUCAGGCGGCUUCUGGAGCUUUGCCACGGCUGGGUAGCUUUGGCUUGAGAUGCGCACCUUGGAGCAGGUCCUGGCGCUGCUGGUGUUGGAGCAGCUGCAGACCAUCCCGUCCCAGGAGAUCCACAACAGCGUGCAGAAGCUGCACCCGCACAACUUGCCAAGAAGCUGUGAGUCUUUUAAAAUACAUGCAGACAGAGGUUGCGAGACUGAGGGAAUAGUGACCUUGGGGAGAAGAUCCACUCAUUGGUUUUGUACCAAGCCUGACAAGGCCUCAGUUGUCAAAGGUGGCCCAGGAGGAUAUCACACAUAGGAGUAAAACUAUUCCUAGAGCAAAUGAUGAUGAGUGAUCUGAACGUGAAUGCAUGCUUGUACCCACACGUGGAGGCUUUGUGGGAGACUAAGGGGUCUGUGAAAGAGAGCUCCAGUCAGAGUAAGAAAUCCAGCCCACAGAUGGACAGUCUUGGUCCUGAGAGCGCUCGCCAGCACUUCCGGAGCUUCUAUUAUCUUGAAGCACCUGGACCACUUGAGGCUGUCAGCCAACUGCAGGAAUUAUGCCAUCAGUGGCUGAGGCCAGAGAUCCACUCAAAAGAGCAGAUCUUGGAAUUGCUGGUGCUAGAGCAGUUCCUGACCAUUCUGCCCAGGGAUAUCCAGAACUGGGUGCAGAAGUAUCAUCCACAGAGCAUCAGAGAGGCUGUGGCCCUGGUAGACCGUUUUCAGAAAGAACCUGGUGGAAUAAGUAAUGAGGUCACAGCCCAUGAGACAUUGCUCUUGGGAGGAACAGCAGUGGCCCCAGGCUUUCAGUGGAAGCCAGCAGAGCCCCAACCAAUGGAUGUGUUCCAGAAAGAAUGUUGGAAUACAUACUGGGUACUGCAAGAACAGCUGGGCUGGAAUACUCAGAAAGAAACCCAGCUUUUAUGUGGAAGAGCUGUGCCUGCUCAACAGAUUCUAGACUUUUUUGAGCAGACAAGCACCCCAAGCUGGAAGACGGCAUUUGAGCUCAUCCUGCCUGAGUCCCAGAGUCCGUUGACAUUUGAAGAUGUGGCCUUGUUUUUUACCGAUGAAGAAUGGCAAUUACUGGACCCUUCUCAGAAGAUCCUCUACAAUAAUGUAAUGCAGGAAAACUAUGCGACUGUCACCUCUCUAGGGUUAAAGCUCAAAAAUGACACUGGAAAUGAGCAACGUGUAUCUCUUUCUACAUUAGAAAUACAAGCAUCAGGACGCAAAGUAUUAAGAAAGGCCAGAAUGAAAGUUGCCCAGAAAACAACGGGCAAAGAAAAUCAUGGUGGUACACACAGGGUACGGAAACGGCAUCGAGCUUUUCCAGGGAAGAAAAGAAAGAAACUUACAACUUGCAGACAAGAGCUUCCAAAACGUAUGGAUCUUCAUGGGAAAGGCCAUGCAGGAGAGAAACCUUUUAAGUGUCAGGAAUGUGGGAAAAGCUUCAGAGUUAGCUCUGACCUAAUUAAGCACCAGAGAAUUCACACUGAAGAGAAACCCUAUAAAUGUCAACAGUGUGAUAAGAGGUUUAGGUGGAGUUCAGAUCUUAAUAAGCACUUACUGGCACACCAAGGAAUAAAACCAUAUAGAUGCUCAUGGUGUGGGAAAAGCUUCAGUCAUAACACAAAUCUACACACCCACCUAAGAAUUCACACAGGAGAAAAACCCUUUAAAUGUUAUGAAUGUGGGAAAAGGUUCAUUCAGAACUCCCACCUUAUUAAACACCAGAGAACCCACACAGGUGAGCAGCCUUAUACUUGUAGCAUAUGCAGGAGAAAUUUUAGCAGGCGGUCAAGCCUUCUUAGACACCAGAAACUCCACAGGAGAAGGGAGUCGUGUCCAGUGUCUCCAGUCUGAAGAAAGCAGCUAGAGCUUGACACUAGAGGUGAUAAAAGAAUACAAAAUGAUGAGGCACCCAGUGAUAGGAAUCUAUCAUCAGCAAAAUUUGGGAGGGGCAUAUGUCAUGUUUCACAAAAAGGAAUCUAAAGUCUGUAAUUUUAUUCAGCAUUGUAUCCUCAGUGUCUGGCACAAGACUGAUGCAUAAUGACUUCUUUAUAAAUAAAAGAGUGAAAUAGUUCUCAUAUA